AUGAACGCGGUCAGCAUCGGGGAGUUCCACGGCCUGCGGCUGUGCUCCGCCCUGCUCAGCAUCGUGGCUGGGUGCAUCAUCAUCGGGGUGUCCCGCGACUGUGACGCCGACGCCGUGGGGGGCAUCUUCCUGGGAGCUGGGGGGCUGGGUCUCCUCAUCUCGGUCUAUCCCUUCAUACGAGCCUGGCUCAAUUUCCACCACAUCCUGCCCACCUUAGGGAACUUCCGGGUCCACCCUACCCCCACCAUCACUGGGCCGGAGCAGCCGGCUGAGAUGCUGAAACGGGAAGCUACGCAGAGCCAGCUGAACAUUGAACGCUCCAAGAGCAGGAUGGGGGCAUUCCAGGACAUGCCAGCAGCUGACCUCGCACCAGACGAGGGGCCUUCAUCCGACGUUCCAGAUAUCAUCGCACGUCGAAAGACCAAGCAGUCUCCUGAUCUAGAGAACUCAUGA